CCUCUCUCCACUCCCACUCCAACUCCACCUCCUUUUUCUUUUUUUUCUUAGUUGACCGACUUCACUCUGCCUCACCAACUCUUCCCAAAACCCAUAUAUAAAUACCACAGCUCUCUUCUUCACUCUCCACCAAUAUCCCAAAACAAAAAAAAACCCAAAAAAAAACACCACCCAAUAUUUCACCAAAUUGAGCUCUCUCUCUUAAGCACACACCUUUUUCUUGCCCACUCAAACCAGUCUACAUCUUUCUCUCUCGGCCAUCGUAUUAUUUCAGGCACGCCAAACAUGGCCUUGGAGGCUUUGAAAUCCCCCAGCACCCCUUCCCCUCCCUUCUCAUCUUUUGACGAAGUGGAGGAUCGCCACCUCAACCAGUCCCAGGAGCCAUGGGCCAAGAGGAAGCGCUCUAAGCGGCCACGUGUUGACGACCCACCAACGGAGGAAGAAUACCUCGCUCUCUGCCUCAUCAUGCUCGCCCGCGGCACCACCGCCGACGCAGCUGCUGAGCUGCCGCCUCAGCCGCCGGCUCUGAAGCUCUCUUACAAGUGCUCUGUCUGCAACAAGGCCUUCUCUUCUUACCAAGCCCUCGGCGGCCACAAGGCUAGCCACCGAAAGUCAGACUCUUCUGCGGCAGCCGCCGCUGUCAACUCCACCGACAACCCUUCAAACCCCGCCGCCACUACAAGCGGUAGGACCCAUGAGUGUUCUAUUUGUCACAAGACUUUCCCCACCGGCCAGGCCCUGGGCGGCCACAAGCGCUGCCACUACGACGGCGGCAGCGGCGCCACCAGCGCCCUCACCACGUCAGAAGGCGGAGGCGCUGGGGCCUCCAGCCACAGCCACAGUCAAAGUCAGAGUCACCAGAGUCAACGCGGCUUCGACCUGAACCUUCCGGCGUUGCCGGAGUUCUGGCCGGGGUUCGGCGGCGACAAGAGAAGUCAACUAUCUGUCGAGCAGGAGGUGCAGAGUCCGAUGCUGGGGAAGAAACCGCGGUGGCUGUUGAGUCGAGAUUGAUUUGGGAGAAUAUUUACGUGAAUUACAAAGCUCAAUAGCCAUAGCCUAGCUGCAUGUUUUUACUUUUUUUUUUCUUAAUUUUUCUUUUGAUGAGUUGUUGCAUGCUGUACAGAGAAUUCAAUUCGUUCAUUGUUUUGUGAACAAUGGUUUUAGUCUCCAAUUGGUUACUUAAUUAAUAUUUUAUCAUCAA